AUGGCAGCUGACGAUCCGGUGAAUUCUGCUUCUCCUUCAUCGUCUCCGGCAAUAUCAACUUCAUCCGUCACAUGGAAAGAGCGGAUUUUUAUCCCCACGUUACUCGCAGGAGUUGCUGGUGCCGCCUUUGGAUUGGUAUCAAAGCAUAGAAAUGUGCACGGGCUUUCCCAAAUAUCAGCCACUUAUGCAUCUAAUUUUGCCAUCGUCACCGGUUGCUAUUGCGGUGCUCGUGAGUUUGUUAGGGUGAGCCGAACCGGAAAGCCAGAUGACUUGUGGAACUCGGUCAUUGGAGGCUUUGGUAGUGGAGCUAUUCUCGGGCGCCUACAAGGUGGCCAAAUUGUUGCUGUUCGUUAUUCAGUUAUGUUUGCUGCUGUUGGAACAGCUGUGGACUACGCAACCCUCAAGGCCAAGCCUGCCCUUAGAAAAUUAGUCGAAGAAAAAGAGAGCUGGUUCAAAUUGCCUGAAUGGUCGCCUAUUCAGGUACUCGAUGACGAAGCAGUUGCUGCAAAACGUGCCCGAGAACAACAAAUCUUCAGAAACGUCCACAAUCUGAACAAAGAAGAAUCUUGA